GUGGAACGAACUAUAACAUUUGCAUUGUAACAUGUCCCAUGUUUACCUGCAGACAUUGCUUAUUAUUGAAAAAAGAAUGGCGGAGCAUAUUUUGUUUUGUACAACAUGCACAAAAGUUUUGCUGUGUGUAGAUAGAAGGAUGUGAAGGGACAUUUAGAGAUACAACAGUUUUCUGGCGCAAAUUUCACCAAUCUGCGAAUGAGGUAGCCAUGUACAAGCUUCGUCUCCGCCAGUCCUACCUGUCUUUUGGGGCUUUCGGAUGCUAUGGCGUCAGCUUACUCUUCUUCAUCAUCUGUUUCUGCUCAAACCAUUGGUGGUACCUCCAGUUGGACGGAAAAGUCAUCAAUAUGGGAUUGUGGACCGGAUGUUGGUCAUCGACAAGCGGGGAAUCCAAAUGUUCUAGCUCAAUAUUUGAUGACAAACAUUUUCAAAAUGGAGGAGGCAGUGAUUGGUAUCAUGGGGCCCGGAUCCUCAUGACGUGUUCUCUUAUUGCCAUUUUUCUACAAGAGUUCGCUCUUAUAGGAUACCUGUGUAUCAAUGAAGUCGAGAAGUACCGACAGAAACUCGCCGGUGCUGUCUUAGGAUUUUCUGCUGUAAUAGUGUUUCUCUUGCUGCUUAAUUUUCUUGUAACGGCACCGGAAGCUAACCAACUACCAGGUGGAAGCAUAGGCUGGUCAUUUGGACUGACCUUUUUAUGUAUUUUGUCAGAAGUUGCGGUUGGUGUUGCAAUAUUCUUGGAGCGAAAAAAUAAACACGACUCAAAGAAAACUCUCAAUACAAAAAAUGAGGCCAUAUCUAGUGUUCAUGAUUCAAAACCCCACAAUUUGGAUCCUGCUAUGGUGACCUUUUGGCUCGAUCCACAUCCCAGGGACGACUUGUCUUUCUCUUACCGUUCCUCAACCGGAAGUUUAAAUAUACCGUAUGUUCCUGACAAUUUGUCAAUAGACACUGUGUCAACUGAUGUGGUUAAAUACAUUGAAGAGCCAGGGUCCUCAAAGAGAGGGCAUCUGGAAUGGGAGGUCUGAUCAUGGCAACCACAUUAUCUCAUCCGGACAUUGUCUUACACACACAUUUAGUAAAUCACCUGUCAUUUCAUUAUUUAGUAAAAUUUACUCAGAUAUCACGGAACCAUUAGACGGACAUUUAUGAACCUUUUGAUAAGAUAUUCGCUUGCAAUGUUAGAUUUUAACAAUAAAGGUUCAUAUUUCACAGAGAAAAACUAGUUGUUAUUUUUGGGAGUAGAUGUGUAAUUAAAUCCUCUAUGAAAUCACUCGUUUGAACCAAAAGUGGAGUGAACGUGCACUCGGUAAAUACAUGAAUCCAUAAUAUAAAUAAGUUCUUUGAGAAAAUAAUGAGAAUUGCUUCUGUUAACUGCAGCCUAUAAAACUUACAUAAGGGUAAUCAGCGCUGAGAUACAAGUAAUCCUUUAAAAGGUAUGGACCCAGGAGGAGUAGUGACACAUACAUCAAAUAGAAUUUUUUGUCUACAGGCCAAGUUAAUCAUUGAUAAAUAUAAGUUUAUAUUAAAGGGGGUGUUACCUAAAUAUUUCUGUUUGGAAGACAAUUUUCAUUUCGGCAGACUAUUGAAAUAGAUGGGCUGGAUGGUCUUUGGCUAUUUUAAGACUUUCUCGAUCUUCGGUGUAUAAAGAUAUACGAAACUGUUUAAAAUUUAAAGCUAAAAGAUUUUAAUUUAUUGUACUAAAUAAUAAUUAACAGCCAAAACGAUCUUAAUUAUUUUAAAAUUUCCAGCUUGAUCCAUUAGGUAACUUGUCGAUCAUUUAGCCUCCUUACUAGUUAGAUAAGUCGGCAGUUGCUCGUUUUAUUUACGGUAUUUUUUUCUUGCUUAAAGAGCAACAGGUUAAAGUAGAGGGUAAAAUCUUAUGAGACUUUCCCAGAUAUUUCCCUUUCAGAUAAACUAAUAACACUGAAUCUGCAAUGUUCAGACAUUGAUCAAACAAUACUCCUUGAAAAAUCAACUCCCUUAAGUAGUGUCAGUACUUUAAUUCUAUUGGUGUUUAUUUCUUUGAUCUGAGAUAUUGCAACAUUUGCGCACUUUUACUUGACUCGAUCUACUGGUACAUGAAUAAUAGCAUCAAAAUAUGGGAAAUUGGCGUCUCAGCAAUAGGAAAUCUUUUUUUACAAUCAAACCAAAUCGCAUAUAAUUUAAGAAUUUGAAAAAAAAACACCACUUAUGAAAUCUUAUGACAGGUUUACACAUUUUUGAAAUAUAUGACUAAAAUCAUAUGCUGAACUAAAGAGCAAAUUUCUGCUUAUCAAGAGAUCAUUUUUUUAAAAUUCUGUUCUACAAUUCUAAGAAUACAAUUACCAACACUUUACCAACAUUUAUUGAUAAUACACAGAUGUAUCUGAAACAGUUUAAGCAUGUUGGGCCUGGGUAAUAGUCGUCAUUACAUAAAUGAGUUGAAAAUGCAUAUUUACUCCAAUAGAGGGCGCUGAGACGGAAGUAAAUAAUGUCGGUAAAUAGAGUAAAGAUAUUCC